CCCCAGCAGCAGACAGCCCAAGAACCCAGUUCUCGCGAAACCAGGACCCGAGCUGAAGGGCAGGAUUUGCCCCAGGCCCGCGGGGCCCCUCGCCCACGGCCGAGGGGGUGGGGCGGCCUCGCCUCAGGCCGCUGCUUUUCGCCCUCCGUUGGCCGCCAGAGGCUCCCUCUCUCUCCCUCUCCUGGGAUUUUGCUGCCGGGCUCCCUCUCUCUGCGGCCCUAGAGUUAAUCCCAUCAGCCGAGAUGAACCUCUAGUCUUGCUUUGAAAAAGCCAUUUUGUGUAACUCUUGACUGAAUAAUUUCCUAAUACACCUGUUGGGAGGAUCACUGACACAGUAUGCCAUUUGAGAGGUACUUUUUCUUGACCAGAUACUGGUGAUUAGAGAAGAGAGGUGUUUUGUUUUUUUGGUUUUUUUGUUUUUCCUGAUCAUUAUGAACAUUGGCUUUUCACCCCUGAAGUAAAAAUGUUGAAAACCGAGUCUUCAGGUGAACGUACCACUCUCAGAAGUGCCUCUCCUCACAGGAAUGCAUAUAGAACUGAGUUCCAGGCACUGAAAAGUACCUUUGACAAACCCAAGUCAGAUGGGGAACAAAAAACAAAAGAAGGUGAGGGCUCCCAGCAGAGCAGGGGAAGGAAAUAUGGCUCCAAUGUCAACAGAAUUAAAAAUCUAUUUAUGCAGAUGGGUAUGGAACCCAGUGAGAAUGCUGCAGUCAUUGCCAAAACCAGGGGGAAAGGUGGACCUUCAUCCCCUCAGAGGCGAAUGAAGCCCAAAGAAUUUCUGGAAAAAACAGAUGGCUCAGUUGUUAAGUUGGAGUCCUCUGUUUCAGAACGAAUUAGUAGAUUUGACACAAUGUACGAUGGCCCUUCAUAUUCUAAGUUCACAGAAACUCGCAAGAUGUUUGAGAGAAGUGUGCAUGAGUCAGGACAGAACAACCGCUAUUCCCCAAAGAAGGAGAAAACUGGAGGGAGUGAACCUCAGGAUGAAUGGGGUGGUUCUAAGUCCAACAGAGGCAGUACUGACUCCUUGGACAGCCUUAGCUCCCGGACAGAGGCUGUCUCCCCAACUGUGAGUCAACUGGGUGCAGUAUUGGAGAACACCGAUUCCCCCAGUGCCAUCAUUUCUGAGAAGGCUGAGAACAGUGAAUACUCAGUGACUGGGCAUUAUCCCCUGAAUUUGCCAUCUGUUACUGUUACAAAUCUUGACACCUUCGGGCACCUGAAGGAUUCUAAUUCUUGGUCUCCUCCAAGCAAACACAGUGACGAUGCAGAGGAUGCUCAGAAGAGUCAUACAACUCCGGUCCUAGAAGUGGCUUCGAAAAGUACCUCUCUAGCUUCAGUGCCCACUGGAGAGGCACAGCAGAGCAAGGAAGCCGAGGAGGACUCCACGUCUAACCAAGAGACUGCUGACAGAACUGACAGAGACAUUCCUGAAGAACCUUGUGCUGAAAACAAGGCAGUUACAGAGUCUGAAAUCCCUUCACCACAAAACGAACCUUCAGAAGACGCAGAAGCUCAUUUGGUUGGGAGUGAGGCAGCAAUGCAACAGAAGAAAGAACUUGCCGGUGGUGAUUUUACCUCUGCUGAUGCUUCUGGAUUCAGUUGUGGAAAGGAGGUAUUCGAAGAUUCAAAUAAUUUUGGGAGCUCCCAUGUUUACAUGCACAGUGACUAUAAUAUAUACAGGGUGAGAUCCAGGUAUAACUCAGACUGGGGAGAAGCGGGCACCGAACAGGAUGAGCAGGAAGAUAGUGAUGAGAACAGUUACUCUCAACCUGACAUGGAAUACUCAGAAAUCGUUGGAUUGCCAGAAGAAGAAGACAUCCCGGCAAAUAGGAAAAUUAAGUUUAGUAGUGCUCCAAUUAAGGUCUUCAGCACAUACUCCAAUGAAGACUAUGACAGGAGAAAUGAUGAAGUUGACCCUGUGGCUGCUUCAGCCGAGUAUGAACUUGAAAAGCGUGUAGAAAAGCUGGAACUUUUCCCAGUGGAACUAGAGAAAGAUGAGGAUGGACUUGGUAUAAGUAUUAUUGGAAUGGGUGUUGGAGCAGAUGCUGGACUUGAAAAGCUGGGAAUAUUUGUCAAGACAGUGACGGAAGGUGGUGCUGCUCAGCGAGAUGGCAGAAUACAAGUCAAUGACCAGAUUGUGGAAGUGGAUGGAAUCAGCUUGGUGGGUGUCACACAGAAUUUUGCUGCAACAGUUCUCAGAAAUACCAAGGGCAAUGUCAGAUUUGUUAUUGGGCGAGAAAAACCAGGACAAGUGAGUGAGGUUGCCCAGUUGAUAAGCCAGACGCUGGAACAAGAAAGGCGCCAGAGAGAGCUGCUUGAACAGCACUAUGCCCAGUAUGAUGCCGAUGAUGAUGAGAACACUGUGGCUGAAUUGCAAGGAGUGUCUGGCAACUGCAAUAACAAUAACAACUAUUUCCUUAAGACAGGAGAAUAUGCCACAGAUGAAGAGGAGGAUGAGGUAGGACCUGUUCUUCCUGGCAGUGACAUCGCCAUUGAAGUCUUCGAGCUGCCUGAGAAUGAGGACAUGUUUUCCCCGUCAGACCUGGACACAAGCAAGCUCAGUCACAAGUUCAAAGAGUUGCAAAUCAAACAUGCAGUUACAGAAGCAGAGAUUCAAAAAUUGAAGACCAAGCUGCAAGCAGCAGAAAAUGAGAAAGUGAGGUGGGAACUAGAAAAAACCCAACUCCAGCAGAAUAUAGAAGAGAAUAAAGAAAGAAUGUUGAAGUUGGAGAGCUACUGGAUUGAGGCUCAAACGUUAUGCCACACGGUGAACGAGCACCUCAAAGAGACUCAAAGCCAGUAUCAGGCCUUGGAAAAGAAGUACAAUAAGGCAAAGAAACUGAUCAAGGAUUUUCAACAAAAAGAACUUGAUUUCAUCAAAAGACAGGAAGCAGAAAGAAAGAAAAUAGAAGAUUUGGAAAAAGCUCAUCUUGUGGAAGUUCAAGGCCUGCAAGUACGGAUUAGAGAUUUGGAAGCUGAGGUGUUCAGGCUACUGAAGCAAAAUGGGACUCAAGUUAACAAUAACAACAACAUCUUUGAGAGAAGAACAUCUCUUAGUGAGGUCUCUAAAGGAGAUACCUUGGAGAACUUGGAUGUCAAGCAGACAUCUUGUCAAGAUGGCCUAAGUCAAGACUUUAAUGAAGCAGUCCCAGAGACAGAACGCCUGGAUUCAAAAGCGCUGAAAACCCGGGCCCAGCUUUCCAUGAAGAACAGACGCCAGAGGCCCUCUAGGACAAGACUCUAUGAUAGUGUCAGUUCAACAGAUGGAGAAGACAGUCUGGAGCGAAAGCCUUCAAACAGUUUCUAUAACCACAUGCACAUUACCAAAUCACUUCUGCCCAAGGGUUUGAGAACUUCUCCAGAAUCAGAUUCUGGUGCUUCAUCCCUCACUCCAGUGGCUGGCAAUGUGCCCUUCUCGUCUGACCACAUAGCUGAAUUUCAAGAGGGACCUCUGCACCCAGAAAGGGAGCCUUCCUCCUCUACUGGGGGAGACACGUCAUUCUCCUCUCCUUCAAAAUCUGAUCAUGAUAUGGAAGAAUCUCCUUGCCACCAUCAAGCCACCACCAAGAAAAUACUACAAGAAAAAGAUGGUGCCAAAGGUCCCAGAUCACUGAGGGCAUCAAGUUUGUUGGUGGUGCGAGGAGGAAAAUUUAAGCGGAAGUUUGUGGAUCUGGGGGCGCCUUUGCGAAGGAAUUCCAACAAGGGAAAGAAAUGGAAAGAAAAAGAGAAAGAAGCCAGUAGGUUUUCUCCAGGUAGCAGGAUCUUCAGCGGCAGCCUGGAACACUGGAAACCGAAGCUGUCCUCCACUGCUCAGGCCUCCACGCCGUCAGCGGGCCUGCCUUUCUCGUGGUUUAACGAAAGCCGGAAAGGAUCCUAUUCCUUCAGGAACCUGCCUGCAUCUGCAAGUCCCCUUCAGCCUUCUCCUGAAACUCUAAUUUCAGAUAAAAAGGGGUCUAAGAAUUUUACCUUCAAUGAUGACUUCAGUCCCAGCAGUACCAGUUCAGCAGACCUGAGCGGCCUGGGAGCAGAACCCAAAACACCUGGGCUCUCUCAGUCCUUGGUGCUCUCAUCAGAUGAGAGCCUGGAUAUGAUAGAUGAUGAGAUUCUUGAUGACGGACAGUCUCCCAAACACAGUCAGUGUCUGAAUCGGGCCGUUCAUGAAUGGAGCGUGCAGCAGGUUUCUCACUGGCUAAUGAGCCUAAAUCUGGAGCAGUAUGUCUCUGAAUUCAGUGCCCAAAACAUCACUGGAGAGCAACUCCUGCAGUUGGAUGGAAAUAAACUUAAGGCUCUUGGCAUGACAUCAUCCCAGGACCGAGCAGUGGUCAAAAAAAGACUCAAAGAAAUGAAAGUGUCUCUAGAGAAGGCUCGGAAGGCCCAAGAGAAAAUAGAAAAACAAAGAGAAAAGCUGAGGAGGAAGGAACAAGAGCAAAUGCAGAGGAAGUCUAAAAAGACGGAGAAGAUGGCAGCUGCCACAGAGGGUGCUGGUGAGCAGUGACACACACAGAGAAGUUUCCACCUCUUCCUGCCCUGCUCUCCUCCGGAGGAUGAAGAAGAAACUGAUGACAGGGGUAAUGUGCUCUAGGCAGACUGGGGAACUGUGUGUUUAAUAACUGCAUUUUCUGCAUUAAUAGAGUACACUCACUCUUAACCUACUGAAAUAAUCCCAAGCCACCCUUGGUUUAGUAACAAACCAAGGAUCUCAUUUGUGAGAGGUGCAAAGUAGCAGUGUUUCUCUCUUCUUUGUGUUGGGUGGGUGGUGUCACUUGAAGGACCAGCGUGAUCCUGCUCAACAAGAGCAUGACACACCGUGGCAUUGUCCAUGGAACGCCAUGCAUUUUCAAUAUGGGAUCCUGAAACUGAGCAAUGGCACGUAUCUGCAUGGCCGAGAACACCGCUCUGCCAUGAGAUCUGGGCUGCAGAAUCUACUCCGGUGUGUGGGAAAGGUUCCCCCUCGUUUCUGUGUCUGGACGCUGAGACAACCCCGCUGUGGAAAUGUGGGUGCUCUUUGCCUACUGUGGCAAAAAGCAAGCAAACUGUGCUGCCUGCUGGGCAUUGGGAAGAGAGAAAAGAAUUACACUUAUUUGUUAACCCCAGAAGGAAGCAAAAGCCUUAAGAAUGUGGAUGUAGGCAUCACCUUGGGGUUCUGAGGGUAACAUUUAUCCUCCAGAUUUAGCCAAACAAAGAAAAAUUCAGACGUUAGUGCGGCCAUGGGAUAUUGGGAUCUGUUGUUUACUUUGCUACUGCUGCGUGUUCAGUAUUUCAGCAGCACCGACACACACAACACAGUUCCUUUUCUCCCCAACAAAUUGAACAGAAAAUUGAUUUUUAAGGAAACCAACAUUUUCGGGUUUCCUCUCCUGGGGAACAUUCUGGCUGGUCUUCAGCCUGACUAUGACACAAUCAGGAACUCAUCACGUAUUUUCUACUCAAGAUUUCCCAAGUGGGCUCCGUUAGACUUUUAACAAAUGUACUUUUAAGAAAAAUAGAAAUACCAGUUAGAGAAAAGUUAGAUUUGAAUAACAUUCGACCAGAGAAGCAAUUUUAUUGAGCACACAGAAUGUUCCCAUAAAGGAGAGCUGUCAGUUAUAUUUUAGAGAUGUUUUGAAUGGUUUUUCUGAGCCGUUCUCUUUCAUUCUUUGGAGAUCUCCACUUUACAGUUAAAGUUUGUUUAAGACGGUACACAUGAUGCAGGCUGGCAGUGCAGGCGGUUAUACUUAUUUUAAAGCCAGUAUUAAGGAUUUCAGUGUUUCAUCCAACUAAUUCAAGUGCAGGAGAGUGGGGCAGAAGGAGGAGAAAAUAAACUCAUCUUGAGAAAUUUCAAAUGAUGGAUUUUUUAUUGUCAUUGUUGUUGUUGUUUUGCUUUUUAUGCUCAUGCAUCUGGUUCUCUUUGCUGCAUUGGCUGCAAAAAUGAGGUCAUCCACUUUCCAGAGGACGAGUUUCAAAAUAAGAGUUGAGGCCAGACCAAUCCUUGGACAAGUAUUUUACUUCCUUUCCUUUGGUUUUUUGGGGCAGGGGGGUGGUCUCUGUCCUUGUCUUCCACUGGAAAUGUUCUAUACGCAGAGCUUAGGGGAAGGCUUUUGAAGGUUACAAGUAACAGAUAACAUAAAGGGGCUUCUUCCCAUAUAGCUCCAUCUCCUAUUUUGAAGCAUUGUGAUUUUUUUUUUUUUUUUUUGCUUGUCUGAAUAUCCAAAAUCUGAAAUUGUCUAAACUAGAAAUUUAUAAUCUUGUUCUUCCCUAAGGCUUGUUUCCUUUUCAGUGACAGAGUGUUGUCUGUUACGCUUCAGUUCCUUUGUCACUAGGUAUAGAUCAUUCAUUUGUUCCUCAGAAACAUCGGUAUAAAGUAACAUUGUGUUUUACAAUUAUCAAAGCCACUACCUAUUUUUUUCUAUUGUCAUUUGGGGUAUGAUAAUGAAACUCCAUACUGGAAUCUCUAUUAAUAUUUUGAGAUAGGUGGUGCUUUGCUAUUUAUUAAUAUCAUGGGAAACCAGGAACCACUAUCAAUGAACUACAAAAUUCAGCAAAUCUUUUCAAUACUAAAAGACUAAAUUACUCAAAAUCUGGUAAUGCUAGUGCUUGCUAUUGUAAAUUUUUGCCAUUUUUACUUAUCUUUGGGGAAAAAAAGUGAUCUGGAUCACACUGGAAGUUUCACUGUAUUCAUUUUAAGAGUGGAAAUAGAAGGAUGAUUUAUGUUGUUAUGUUUACACUUUGGUAAUAUUUGAAAAAGGAAGUAUAUACUGGAAAUGUGUAUAAGUCUGUCUC